UUAAUUUUUUUUUUGUGUCAGUUAAUUGCUACGUAUCUUGGGCUGUCAUGGGUUUUCAUUAUAUUGUUGUGCCCCGGGUUGCAAAAACGAAUAACAUUAGAGUUUGUAAUGCACAUUUUGUUCUAGAAAAACCUUUUUACUACACUGGAGAAACACACCCAGACUGGGCCCCAUCCCUGAAUCUUGACAAAGUGUAUGUUAACGCUAAGUCAGCCAUGGAUAGAGAGUCAAGAAGAGUAAUUUUAAAUGUUCAAAGAGCAUUUCAAGAAAUGGUACAAGAGCCCGAACAAGUGCCAAUUGAAAAUGUGCACCUUAAUGAGGAAGUGGUUUAUAUUUCAUUAACUGAAGGUCAUGAAGAACUUUUCCCUCCACUGUGUACUGAAGCUGAAUAAUAAUUAUAUAAUUUGACCGUCACUAGUAAUAGAAGAGUCUUGAUCAGA